AUGUCGGUCCUUGCGUGCUUCACCCGGACCGACAAGCCUGCGGAGGAGAAGGUGGACGUCUGGCUCACGGAGCAGCUCAAGUUCACGCGGGAUCAGUUAGACAAGAAGUCCAGACAGUGUGAGCAGCUGGAUGCAGAGCUCCGCCGACUCAAGGAGCAAAGACUGGUCGUGCGGCCGGAGGAGUUGGAAGCCUUGAAGGAAUCUCACCGGCAGGAGCUUGAGAGGCUGUCUCAAGAGCUUGCCAAUGAGCGGGACCUCCAUCAAGAGGCAUCGCGGCUUCUUCAAGGUCAGCGGGAACAGCGAGAUGCCAAGGUACAGAUGCUUCAAGAGGAGCUUCGCAAUCUCAGUGAUGGCUUGGCGCAGAAGGAGGAGGACAUGCUCAACAUUCAGUUCAGCAUGGUCGAACUGCAGAAUCGAUGCAGCGAUCAGGGCGCCCUGGUCGAGGAGAAUGCAGACGCUUUCCAGAAAGCCUCAGAGGAGCUCGCGGAGAAGGAGGAGGCUCUGGAGCAGGCGGUGCAAAGGCAGCAGGAGCUGCGCCAGCAGAUGAGUGCUGCAUCGACAGCGCUCCAGGGACAGGUCCGACAACUUUCACAGGAGCUCGAGCACUGCCAGGCGGCAAAGUCUACAGCCCAGUCUGCUUUGAGCAGGCUCCAGGAUGAGAAUGCUUCCCUGGCAGCCCAGCUGCUGCAGGCGAACACCGAGAUGGAGUCCCUGCGUGAAAGGCUUCAGGAGCAGGAGGCUGCUGCGGUGCGAAGGCAAACCCAGCUAGAAGACGAGAUCCAGGGGCUCGUACAGCUCGCCUCGAAGUCUCAGGACGGCUGGUCAAGCCCUGCAUUUACACUGGAUGAUCGAGGGCGCAGCACACCAGAGCCCGGUGCUGACCAUGGGGCAGGCGCAGCGCCGAGCUUCUGCGAAGCCACGCCUCUGGUGCCAUCGGUGCUCAUCGCUGCGGAGAUUGACCUUGGUCCUGCCAGCAGUGGUCGCGCUACGCUCACGGUCUCGCCUUGGCAGACUAGCUCCGAUUACAACUCGGUGGUGAAGGAGUUCUUGGCCCAUCACCGAGUGAAACCCAUCUUCGAAAAAGCUGUCGUGCUUUACCUGGAGGAUCUGGAGAGGAGUGCUACCACCUUCCCAUUGCUGGUCAAGGCCUCCUUGACGGAGAUCUACAGCCGCUACGGCUGA